AUGGAACGUAAAAGGCUUCGCAAUACAAAUCUUUUGGGCGAUGAAGAGGAACAAGCAGCUACCGAUGAGCCAGAAAUCAAAAAAUUCAAGAGUACUAGUACAAGUGUUCCAAGCUUCCUUCCUGCACCUUCUGAAUCUAACCCUACACAAAAUGUUACUCCAAACUCCGAUCAAAUAAGAGCAAUGAUUGCACAAAAAAAGGCACACUUGGAGGCAUUGCCUUCAACUACUGUAACAGGGAAAUCAGAUGAUUCAGCAAAAGCUAAAGGUGGUCUUAAAGUCGAAGCACAUCCAGCUCUUCUUUUAGAUCAAAGUGGAAAAUUGGAUUUAAAACAAGCAUCAACAUUAAUUCCAAAACCAAACUUUGCUACUGUCAAGGCAAAUCAACGUUUAGUUCCUGCAACAGUAAAACAAGAACCAAAAACUUUAAAAAACUCGGAAGACAUUAAUGACAUUACUCAAAAUCCUUAUUAUGACCCAAGAGCUGGUAACAUUGCACCACAAAGGCUUAACCGUAAAAGAUUUAAAUUUAUACCAAAGGAAAAAUUGAAAGAAGAGAUUGCUGAAAGUGUAAAGAAAGCUGGCAUGGAGGCAGAAUUAGAUUCUUCCGAUAAGGCAAUCAAGAGGGAUCCUCCACCUGCACUAGAAUGGUGGGAUGUACCUUUAUUACCAAAUAAAACAUAUGACGAUCUUGAUGUUGGCUUGACCAAGAUUGAAAGUGAAGAUACACUUGUAACACUAUAUGUUCAACAUCCAAUUCCUAUUAAACCACCAGGUGAUAAUAGUUUACCUCCGCCCAAACCAUUAAUUUUAACUAAGAGAGAACAAAAGAAAUUACGUAAACAGAAGAGACUAGAAUUACAAAAAGAAAAACAAGAUAAAAUACGUUUAGGUUUAUUGCCUCCGGAUCAAGCUAAAGUUAAAUUAAGUAACUUAAUGAGAGUUCUUACAAACGACGCCAUACAAGAUCCAACUAAAGUAGAGGCCCAAGUUCGUAAAGAAAUGCAAAAAAGACAGGAAACUCAUUUAAAGGCUAAUGAAGAACGAAAAUUGACUGAUGAGCAGAAAAAAGAAAAAAAAGUAAAGAAAUUAGAAGAGGAUGCCAAGAAAGCUAUUAUAGUCUGCGUUUACAAAGUUAAUGACCUUUCACAUCCUAAAAUGAAAUUCAAAGUUGACAUGAAUGCACAACAACUUGGGCUUACCGGUACAGUAAUCAUCAACCCGAAUUUUAGUGUUAUCAUCGUGGAAGGUGGACCAAAAUCAAUAAAAUAUUAUAAAAAAUUAAUGUUACGACGAAUUGAUUGGCAAGAUACAACUAGAUUGGGAGAAGGAAGUAAUAGUGGUGUUGGUGGUAUUGGUGAUCUUCAAGAAUCUGAUGAACUGAUGAUAACCAAAGAACCAAAAGAGAACAAGUGUUCAUUAAUAUGGGAAGGUGAAGUUAAAGAACGCGGGUUUAAAGGAUUUUGGUUCAAGACUUCUCCAACAGAUAAUAUGGCUAGAGAAUACUUGAAAAAACAUAAAGCUGAACAUUAUUGGGAUUUGGCAAGCAAAUUUACUGAUGAAUUGGGUGAAUUGACUACUUUAGUAUAA